UACCAGUCGGACUCAUUUACUGAACGGAACAACAAAAGGUUUCAAAUAAUUUCAAUAUAUUUUGUUUUCUCAUCGCUACAGUUUGAUUAAUUUCACAGAUGGCCGAUGAUGAAGAUGAUUACAUGUCUGACGCUUUUCUGAAUCAAAUUUCGGAUGUUCGUCCUGGUGUACCGAUGGUCAAACGCGUGAAGGAAGCUAUAAGAAAAGAAACACUAUACAAAGAGAAGAACGUACAGAACCGCCAGAAGAGCUACAAAGAACAAGAGCGUGAGAGCCGUGAUGCAGCGCUGCAGAGCUCCUUAAGCACUGAAAAUAAAGGCUUUGCGUUACUACAGAAGAUGGGCUAUAAAGCAGGAAAAGGACUGGGCAGAGACGGUGCUGGACGGGUUGAGCCGGUUCCUCUAAGCAUCAAAACAGACAGAGGAGGGAUUGGAAUGGAAGAACUGAAGAAAAGAAAAGCUGAUGAGGAGCUUCAGAAUUACAGGAAGAAGGUGCAAAUGAAACAACAUAUGGAGAAGAAAUCGCUUGAGGAUUUCAGAGUGCGUAAGAGUACGGAAAGAGAGGAGCGUCAAACACUGGGCGACCUGAGGAAGAGCCAACGGGCCUGUGAACAGCUCGACAGUCAGAAGGGAAUAAAUGUUCCCAGGGACAGUUGGUACUGGCCUGAAGUAGUGAAAGAGGAAGAUGAAGACGAGGAAGAGGAAGCAAAGGCUGAGGGAAGUGAGGAUGAGGAGGAACUGACACCUUUAGACAAGCUGCAGUUUCUCACCUCAUACUUGCGAGGAGUCCAUUUUUACUGUAUAUGGUGUGGGACGGCGUAUAACGAUGAGGAGGAUUUGUGCUCGAAUUGUCCUGGUGACACGGCGGCAGAUCAUGAUGACUAGAGAAACCAUGAAUCAUCUGGAACAUUUUUUAAAUAUACCAAAAGCUGCGAGUAAGACUCAGGCAGCGGUAAUGGCUCAAUUAGACAGUUAUAGGGGGCCCCCUUGUGGCCCGAGAAGGAAGGGAGAAUGUAACUGCAAGGAGAGAGUUGUAGCUAGAUGUGACAGGCACUGUCCCAUUUUUUUUUUUUUUUUUGCAUAGCUCUGUUUAAUAUUUAUGUCUUAUUUGUCCUUGAUAUGUGGUAUUGAUAUAAGUAAAGAUAUUUUGAUUGUAAUUGCGUGUCUGGGUUUUUGUGUAAUAAUUGAUUUGUUCCAGUACCUUUCUAAUACCUCAAAAUAAAUGACUUCAGAUUGUGCAAUUAAAGGAAUAUUCUGUGUUCAAUACAAGUUAAGCUCAAUCGACAGCAUUUGUGGCAUAGUGUUGAUUAACACAGAAAUUAAUUUCAA